AGUGUUCUCUACUUGGAGCUGGACGCGUUGCCUCCCAAUAUCCUCCUCACUCAUCUCGAAGAACAUGCUCACCUGGGCCUACUUCAGCGAGGUCUUUAUGGGCGUCGAUACACCCAUAGACAAUUCAGCACGGAUUCGAGGAGCUUUUUAUCGUGGAUCUCGAGCCCUCAGUCCCCUCGCUGAAUGGAUGCACGUACCUUUGGAUCAGAUAAACUACGUGUUUUGUGGCCUCCUAAGCAUCUCCCUCGGUCAUCUGUUAAUGCGACGCAAGUUCUCACCUUCGAAUUCCACUCCACACACCCGAGCUAUAGUCGAGACCAUACUUGGACUCUCCCUCCUCUCCUUCUGCUUCGGUAACCAGCUCCGCGUCCUUCUCCUUCAAAGUGUUGUGGCCUAUGCCAUCAUGUGGCUUCUUCCCUCAUCACGUCUGAGUGCCGUAUUAGUCACAGUCUGGUCGAUGUUUUAUAUGACAUUGGUACACUUGUGUCGUUUACAGUACGAUUACGGCGGUUACACUAUGGAUAUUUCCGGCCCUGUCAUGGUGCAGACUCAGCGAUUAUCCAGUCUAGCGUUCAAUUUGGCCGAUGGCUCUUUGAUACGGGAACGAGAGCGAUGCAAAACUCUGAAGAGCCAAAGUGUAAAUGUCAAGCCAGAACGAGUCUCCGCGGCCUCCGUCAACCUAUUGUCCGAUGAUGCAUUGAUGGACCACACUCACCCCUCUGUGAAUUCUCUCAAGUGCAUGCUUGUGCGUAGUUUGAAAUCGUUUACCGAUGGACCAGCGCGAAGCUUAUCAGAACGUACCGCGUUUACCAACGAUUUCUUCAUCCAAACCUAUCUGGAUCGGUUACUGACCAAAACUCCGCCAACAUUUUCUCGUCCUAUACGACCAAAUAUGCUAACUAACAUGCUACCGAGUCACAUCGAGCAUGCCGUAGAGCGUCUUCCCGGGCCACUUGAAUUCUUCGCUUAUACUCUGUGUUUCCACGGUGCGUGUGUUGGACCAUUUGUGUUUUUCUCCGAGUAUCAAGAAUAUUUGAUGGGCUACGAAAAGCGUCAAUUGCCUCCUGUUCCAUGGCGAUACAUGCUUCGGUUGUUUUUACGUACUACGGCUUGUGGUUUGUUGUCUGCCUAUUUGUCACCUGUGUUCCCUUUCGAGUUCGUUGUGACUGAAACCUUCAUGGCUUGGCCGAUUUUGCAACGUGUCCUUUACUCCACCGCCUCUCUCUUUCUGGUUCGCCAGAAGUACUAUUUUGCUUGGGGUCUUGCCGAACUGGGUGGAAUCAGUUCCGGAAUCGGAUUCUCCGGCUAUUGUCCCUCUUCUGGGCAACCUAUUUACCACAAGGUGUGCAAUUUCGAGCUCCAGCAGAUUGAAUCUGGCGUUGGUCUAAAACACGUGAUCGAUGCAUGGAACAUUUCUACAACCCGGUGGCUUCGCGAGGUGUUCUACGACCGUUUGCCCCAUUCGUGUCGCACCGCGUUGGUGUUUAUCAUCAGUGCAUUUUGGCACGGAUUCUAUCCUGGGUAUUAUCUCAUGUUUUGCACUUUCGCCAUGUUUACUUUCGUCUCCCGUAUGUGGAGACGCAACAUGCGCACGCUGUGCCGUCGUACCGCCUUGUCUACAUUCCUAUACAACUUGUUCACCACAGUAACCACCAAUGUGGCAAUCAAUUAUGCACAAGCACCAUUCCACCUGCUUGAUCUAUCGGCUUCCCUGUUCUUUUGGCGCGCAUUUUACUUUGUGCCCCAUUGGACAGGCGCACUGCUGUUGUUCGGUCACUUUGUUCGGCCUCGUCUCAUUCGUUCAAAACGGUGGAGAAUCCCCUUGCCUCACGGACGAACCGUAGGCGGCUGAUCGCUUUAUCCAUCUCUUCGCUGCUUCAACACGUAACGUUCCCCUGCUCUUGAAUAUUCUCAUUCCUCCGGACGGCUUUCGUUUUCCUCUACUUUCGCUUUUGCAGUAUGAGCAAUCAUCUGUUGUUUCUAAUGAUAUCAUUCACAUUAGGCUUUCUGCUUCUCUUAAUUUAGCAGAUAUCUUUCCUCUAUUUGUUCGUAUGUAACUGCACAACCCGCCCUGAUGAUGGCGCGGUUUAUUCAAUGUGCAUUCGUUUCAUCCCGUUGUCUUUUUCUCCCACAUACACCAUUAUGUUGCUCUCCCUGUCGACUGGCGCGCCGUGCAUACAUUGAGCCAGUCAACCAAACAAUCAGUUAGUCAUUGAGACCCCAGCGUUGCCCGAUCUACACACUCAGUUGCCGAAAUAAUAUCUGAACUGCCCUCUUCUGUCUAUUGUCUUUAUACCUUUUUGUACAUAAUUAUUACACAUACACAUAGUGCAACCUUUUCAACGUUUCCCUUGGGAUCCCGGCUAUCUGCCAGGACGCUGGCUGGUCGUACAUCGCAUUUGUUUUUCCUAUCAUGCAUAACAUUCUGUCAGUUUGAUCCAUCAAUGCACGGGAUCAUCAUCUAUUUGCUUUAUGUCACCUUACUUCUCUUCCUUAAUCGGAGCUCAUAUUUGACGUGCGCUCCUACUUCUCGGAUCACUAUCAUGUUGUAUUUUCCACAGAAACGUUCAUUUUGGUCGCAGUGUAUUUAAAGUGUCUGGAUAGCUGUGAAUACAUGUCUUCCUGUGUAUCAUUUUCUAUAUGCGUUUUGCACUAUUAUUUAGUGGCAGACUCAAAUGCUGUGGCAACUACCCCAUCACAUGAAACGGUGUGCACUCUCUCAAUACUUGUCAGUGCCCUAGCUUAUGGAUUACCAUCUCUGAUUAUUUCACCUCUAGUGUCCAUUACUUGCUCCUAUCCGAUCGCAGGGAUACGCCACCGAUGAAGAACAUAAAAUUCGGCCUCUCAUCCUUACUUAGAACUUAGCCCCCCAGCUUGUCUAUUUUAGUACUUCCUUUGAUCGAUCCUGCUCGUUUUAAGACAUUGUGUGCUGUGACGCUUUUUUCACUAUCCAUCUAGUUUAAAG